UGCGCCGCUAGCCAGGACACAGUUGCAGUCUGUUUAUAUGCGAGGCAGACACCAUGAACUUCCAGUGCUCCAAAAUGCAGUGCCUGCUCGGCGGCCUGAUGCUGCUCGUCCUGCAUGUCGAGACGAUUACCUUGUGCGGCCCCGAGCUGGACGAAUUUCUUCAGCAGAUGUGCAAAAACGGCUUCAACAGCAAGAUGAAGCGCGGCUAUGUGGCCGUUGACAAUGCGAACAUGGACUCGGAGUUGGACAACUAUGGCGUCUACCCACAGCUAAGCCUGGAGUCGCAGCCUCUGAUGCGUGCCCUGCUGACCGAGAGCGCCCACCAAUUGCAGAUCCGACGACGUCGCUACGGCAUCUACGACGAGUGCUGCAAGAAGUCCUGCAAUUUCAACGAGCUCUUCACCUACUGCAAGUAAUAGCGCCGACGACACUCGACAGAAGUAGGAAAAACCAUGGCGAUCUUGAUAUGGACAAGGCUCUGCACUCCACUGCAGCUUAGACUAAGACCAGCUCCAGUUUGUCAGCUUCUAAAUGUAUUCACUUAGCUAUUAAACGAGCUUGAGCCCUAUGCGAACAUUGUUUCUAAAUCUAGAGCAUAUACUCCCACAAUUUAUAGCCAAAGGACAUUUUGCCAAUUCAAUAAUAUAAAUUUAUGCUU